AGGGAAGUAACCGUUUCAGUAGAGCAACGAGCCACAGAGAGAGAGAGAGAGAGAGAGAGGAGGAUAGAGCUUCUCACUAUGCUGUAGAGCAUCCAUGACUCUAAUCUAGUUUAUAAAGGAUCCUGAUAGGAACUGGGAGAGAGAAAUGUGUUUUAUAUUCUCAAAGAUUUAACUCAGUGUGUUAUUUUGGAUGAUGCAUAUCUGUGUUUUCCACAGCACUGAAUCUGGAUGCAGGAUCUAACCAGCCCAGAACUGCAGCAAGUCAGCUGGUUUUAUCCAUUUACCCCAUAUGGCUUUUUCCUCCCUUUUUCUCUUCUAUUUGUUUGAAUUUCGAAGAUGAGCAAGAGGCAGUCGGUCAGCUGCACAGUGAGCACAGGGGAGCAGGAGGACACACAGAACAGUACAGGCAUUUUCAAAUAGAACUAUAAAAGGAGGAGAGGAAGAGGAGGAGGAAGAGGAGAGUCUGUGUUGUGUGGCAGAGUUGUGGUGUUCCCUGCUCAGUGCCUAGCAGUAACAUGGCUGUGAUACAGAAGAGGGAACACAGGGAGACCCCCAGCAAGAAGACAGCACCCCAAGAAGACAGAAAGGGUCUUUCUACCAGAGAUACUCUAGACAAGCAGAAAAAGGAGAGCAGAGCCGGGAGACGGAGAGAAAAAGGCAAUGAAGACACAAAGCCCAAUAAUUCAGAGAAGAGGAGAGCAGUCAUCUGUGUCCCUGCCUCCAUCAAAUCAGCUGUGAUCAGUAACAACACAACCAGUCACGCAGCAGGGCCACAGGCGCUGAAGGUUGAUGACAGGCUGAGACUAGCGAAGGAGCGGAGGGAGGAGCAUGAGAAUCAGCUUGUGUCCAGAGAGCUGGGCUGGUUGGCUCGAGAGGAGCGAGCCAGGCGUCUUUAUGAGCAGCAGCUGGAGGUGAGGAAGAGGAGGCUACAGGAGCAGAGAGAGAAGGAGGAGAAGCGAAGGACAGCUCUUGAGCGGAGGGAGGAGCUUAAGAAACAGCUUGUGUCCAGAGAGCUGGGCCGGUUGGCUCGAGAGGAGCGGGCCAGGCAUCUCCAUGAACAGCACCUGGAGGAGAGGAAGAGGAGGCUGCAGGAGCAGAGAGAGAAGGAGGAGAGGAGGCGCACUGCCGUGGAGGAGAAGAGGAGGCAGAGGAUGAAGGAGGAGACAGAGCGCUAUGAGUCUGUGGUGAAGAAGACCUUAGAGAAGUGCCAGAGGGCCAAACAGAGACUGAGCCAGGGCUCUCGAGGAAGGAAGACCAACAACAAGAGCGUUCCUCGCAGCUCUCCCCUGACUGCCUGGGAGAGGGCUCUGGUCUGUCGCCUCCUAACCCCUACAUGCUCCUACCUAGCCAGGAGAAGGAGUCAUAGUUGUCAGUCAAGAGAAGAGGAAGUUGUCCAUGUUUGUCCCCGUUCAGCUUCAUGCCACUCCAUACCUGCCACUGCCACCAACUGUCAUAAAUCACCACACCGCUCUGGCACACCUGACCACCACCGGGUGCAGGCAGGCCUCCAGGCAGACUACCGCUCUGGCACACCUGACCACCACCGGGUGCAGGCAGGCCUCCAGGCAGACUACCGCUCUGGCACACCUGACCACCACCGAGUGCAGGCAGGCCUCCAGGCAGACUACCGCUCUGGCACACCUGACCACCACCGGGUGCAGGCAGGCCUCCAGGCAGACUACCGCUCUGGCACACCUGACCACCAUCGGGUGCAGGCAGGCCUCCAGGCAGACUACCGCUCUGGCACACCUGACCACCACCGGGUGCGGGCAGACUACCGCUCUGGCACACCUGACCACCACCGGGCACAAUCAGACUUCCAGGCAAAUCUCCGGGCAGACUACCGGUCUAUCAUCUGGGCAAACUACCAGCUGAAAGCAGCACAGCAGAAGGAGAGUGAGAGGACGUUCAGGAGGAAUAGACAGCAGCCUCACAUACCCAAUGCUCCCGUGAAAGUGUUACCCACAAACAUACAGAGCAGAGAUGCAGUGCCCUCUCCAGAACGUAAACCUGUGAUCAGACACAAACCUGUGAUCAGACAGCCUCCAUCACAGCCGGUUGGGCUGGAACUGUACCCUGUUCCAGAGGAGGAUGGUCCUCCAGUCUCCAACCAAACCCUCUCACCUGGGAACUCACGGCCCAGCCAGACCAUCUCUCCUUGGGCUCCAGUCUCCAAUCACACCCUCUCCCCUGGGAACUCACGGCCCAGCCAGACCAUCUCUCCUUGGGCUCCAGUCUCCAACCAAACCCUCUCCCCUGGGAACUCACGGCCCAGCCAGACCAUCUCUCCUUGGGCUCCAGUCUCCAACCAAACCCUCUCCCCUGGGAACUCACGGCCCAGCCAGACCAUCUCUCCUUGGGCUCCAGUCCCCAAUCAUACCCUCUCCCCCGGGAACUCACAACCAAUCAGCAUCUCAGCAGCAGCAUGGGACCAGGUCCAACCAUUCGUAGGCUCAGCAGAACCUCAGACAUUCCCCACACCUAGAACUGAGGGCGAUACAGGCCCCCUUCCUGGAGCCCCCUCCUGCACCAGGCCGUCUGCUGGCACCAUGGAUCCAGAGGAGGCCUCAUGUCUUCUGGCCGAGAAGAGAAGAGAGGCCCGUCUGAAGAGAGAGAGAGAGCAGGAGGAAUGCCUGCGCAGGGAGGAGAUAGAGAGAGAGGAGCUGGAGCACAGGAGGGCAGAGGAGCGAGCACGGCUCGAGGCUGAGGCCCAGUGGCCGGUAGUGGAAAGGAGGGAGGAAGAGGAGCAGAGACAUGCAGAGGAGGAGAGAGCCAUCCGGGCCACACAGGAAGCUGCUCUCCUCCAGAAACAGAGAGAGGAGGAGGAGGCCCAGGCCAGGGACAAGGCAGAGCAGCAGAGGCUGCAGAGAGAGAAGCAUUUCCAGAAGGAGGAGGAACAACGGCAGGAGAGGAAAAAGCGACUUGAGUUGAUCAUGAGGAGGACUAGGAAGACCUCAACUGAAGAUAAAAAAACGCCUGUCCUGAAUGGGAAGACAAACAGAAACCCCUCUCCAGAGGAAGAACCAAAAAAGAACACUGAGCCUGUGAAGAACGGCAACGGCACUUUAGAAGAGGUCAUCAACCUAGGGGUCGGGACGGGGACCAAGCCAUCCAAUCUAAGUCUGAGUGGCGUGGAAGACAACAUGGUUCCUGUCGUGGCCUUCAAAGAACGCAGGUCCCUGCUAACUCUGACCGGCAUGGAGAAGAUCCAGUCCCAUCAGAGGGCAGGUGAGAGCUCAUCACAUCCUCCGUCAGCUCAUCUAUACUCUCUAUGCUAUGUAGAUAUUACACUAGAGUCGUGAACACUAGAGCUCCCCCAAAAGUCCAAGAUUUCUACCGCCAAGAGGUUAUGGGCUCUCAAUAUUUCAUGUGUGAUUCGAAACCGGAAGCAGAUGACAUAUUUAAGGUCUCUCAAUCAUUUAUUAGUAUGUGUCUCUAAGUAUAAGAUAUAUAUGCGAAUCAAGUGAAUCAACUGAUUUUAUGUUAUUAACCCAUUUCUAUCACACACUCCUUAGAAGUUAUCUGAGUAUCGUACAGAUCAGAGAGGGGAGACAGCACAUCCACGAAUCUUUCCACAGCUGUGGUGUUUUUUCCUUUUUUUUUGACAAAGAAAGGAAUAACUGCAGCCUUUUUCCUGCCCUGCACUUUUAGAGCGAGUAUGUGAUGAGAAACACACAUUUCUCUGGAUGACUUUCUGAUCUCGAAGGAGCUUACCACCAAUUCGGUCACACUUCUCUUUAAUCCAAAAUGCAUUUGUCAUCACCAUGUACAACACUAGACAGGGGAGCUUGUUUGUCAUUGCAACAACUCUGAACAAUGUUUUAUCUAGUCUGUAAAUGAGGGUCCAUGCCUCAUAGCUGCAGAUUUAAACUGAUUAAAUUAGUAGUUUGAUAUGAUGGGCGUUAAGAUACACAAUUUACUAAUAAAAAUAUGUAUUCUGUCUAUACAUUUUUAACAGUAUUGGCACUGAAUGUCUCCCAAUCAUGUCUGAUGUUUUUAGCCAUGUGCUUUAGCUUUUCCUAACUAUGCUGCUAUUUGAGCACUUUGCCUUCCAGUUAACAGGAUAGUGGUGUGCUAGUUUCAGAGCAAAAGCUUUGUUUUGAGUUCAAAUAAAGGCCACUUUCUGACUAUAAUCUAAUCAUAUUUUUCAAAGCUGCUAUGUAACUUGUGUGGUUUGUCAUUUUAGAGAACUAUACUCACUUGAGGGUGGACCACUUCCAAAGGUAUUUUGGAAGUUCCUUACUUGGAAAUUGUGCAAUCAUUUUAGAAAACAAAUAAGAGUCUGAAGUGUAAAAUGUAAGUUUGUCUUUUAAAGUGUAAAAACAAAUAAAGCAAUGCACUGAUAAAACUAUG